CGGAUAGAGACCCUUGACGGCGUUCCAGCCUUCGUAGCUACCUUCGUAUGGUGCCUCAAAUGUGUUCUUGAAAUCUGGGAGAGCAUUACCGAGUGUCUCCAAGCCAUCCUUGAGUUCUGAGAGUCUAACGACAGCAUUGUUGUGUGCCAGUGCAGGUGGAACGCCCUCAAGGGUGGUAGGAUUGUCAGUACCAGCAGAAAGCGUCGGGAGUGGAUAGCAAGUAGGUGCAUAAACGCUAUGUACGACCUCUGAUGCAUUUAUUGUAGUCCCAAAUAUAUCAAGUGAGCCUUUCAAAACCUGAAGUCGAAACUUGCCGGCCAAGAUGAGACUAGCGUGAUUGUCGAAACCGAGAUAUAUAGAUUCACUGUCAAACAAAGUCGUACUCUCUGAGGUACCAAAGUUAGAAACGCAAUUGUAGUCAUAAUGCUGGGCUUUCUGCUUGCGUUUCCGUCUCUGUGUGACAUCCUCAGUGGAAUCACUACCACUUUUAUCACCAAGUUUAGUCGUAGAGGAUGUAGCUUUAGAUUUUUUUCUAGUUUUCCUUGGUGUAUCGCUUCUACUCUCAAUAUCCUGCUGCUCUUCUACUAUAGCAGAAUCAACAAAGAAGGCAUUUAUCGCUAUAUCCUCUGCGUCAACAUCAUCCUGUAUACUACUCGUCGUCGCUUCCGCACUCCUAGUUCUCUCUAAUUUCCUUUUUGCUAUCGCAGAGAGCCCAACCAUCGUCGUUUUCGCACGUCAUGUACAAUUUUGCAGAUCCGACAGACUACACGAGAAUAUUUGCACGCUCGACGAUAAGUAUACUACAUUUAUGGCAUGCACUCAAAAUGGCUGUUGCUGAGAGCUGGGGUGGUCCAGAAUCUGAAGCUAAAAGGAUCUGGUUGAUUGGUGUAGUAGUUGAUAUGUACGAGGAGCGUCCACCAAACAAUCAAAAUGGUAGUAUAGGUGGAUUAGAUUAUAUAGACACCGAGGAAAUACUCAGUCAGGCUUUCUUCGAUGAGUUUGGUGCACAUCUUGAGGAUGGCAGCCCGAGAGAUAUCGCUGGACAAUUACGCAAAGCCUGGGCAGAAGCUGUUGUAGGUGAUAUGUCCUACAGUAAUGAGUUAUAUGGAAAAUACGAGAAAGAGAAGAACAAGAAGGUUUCAGGUUUCACUCGCGGUGAGGAUGAGGAAAUUCCUUAUUACAGUGAUGAGAGCGAUGGCGAGGAUGAACACAUGCAAGACACUCAACCAGCCCAACCGGCCCAACCAAAGCAGCCAAAACCAGAGAAAAUUAUCGACGAUGAUGGAUUCGAAGUCGUACAAAAGAAGAAAUAG